AUGAGCUUCGCCACAAGCGCAAGAGUAUUAGCAUUGGAGGGAUUGAGAAAUCGAGAUAUCGCCUCCAAGGCAACCAACAAGCUCUCCGAUGCGCUGUGGGAGGUGAUCGGCCUGGAAGAUGCUCUCGAGGCUGAAAAGAAGAAGCGGGACGACAUUGAGCAGGAGAUAUCCCGUCACCCCGGUGGUGGCGGCUUACCAAAGCUCGUUAUGCGUCGGAACACCGUUCACGAGGUGGAAAAGUCAAUCAAGGCCCAGGCUUUCAAUGUCUUUUGUGAGCUUUCUGAGGGAGACAAGACCCUUUACUGGGAAUUGCAUGCGGAAAGGGCGCGUCGUGUCUUUUGA